GCAAGGGAGGUCACCUUGUUUACUUCCCACACGUGUUGAGCACUUCAAUCGUUUUUUGUGUUUGACUACGAAUCUGUAGACUAAAUUUACAGCCCAAGAUUUGUAUUUUCUAGAAUAGUUGAGUGCCCUAAAAUAAUUUUUCAAAAUGGCUCAACCAGAACUGAGUGAAGCUGCUUUAAAAUUUGUAAAUGAAUUAGAAAUGGAAAUGAUGGUAGACAUGUACAACCGCAUGACUCAAGCCUGCCAGAAGAAGUGUAUACCUGCAAAGUAUAAAGAUCCUGAACUGACUAAAGGAGAAUCUGUAUGCAUAGACAGAUGUGUGGCCAAAUAUUUAGAGAUCCACGAUAGAAUAGGCAAGAAACUCACAGCUUUAUCUCAGCAAGAUGAAGCUGCCAUGAAAAAAGUGCAGUCCGGAGGGAAAUAGUUCAUUCAAAACUGGAGUGAAACUAUAUAUUUUAUUAAAAGUAUGAUGAAGUAGUCAUAUACACACUUGUGACUAAAAGACUGAUACACACUUGUGACUAAUAGACUGAUAAACAUUUUGAACAAUCACCUGACUAGAUUAAAGUUCAGUGCCACUUAGUUUGAGGUGUUUAUAUGUUAAACGAACACUGUGAUGUUGUGAGACUAAACAAGUGGAACCGCGUAACAAGAUCUUAGCCCAGUACAAUCCCUGGCAUUACUCAUCCAAUUGAAUUAAUUUUUAUUGUGAUAUACAUGUAUAAUCAAGGCAUCUGUGUAGUUCAGCCUGACUAAAGACAGAUUUUGGAUUUUAAAUAAAGUCUAAUUUGUUGUAAGUACUCUUGAGAGCAGGGAGGGGUGCUUGGGAGCAUGAGUUAUAGUGUACCAUUUAGUUUGAUUUGUAUUUAUACAUAAAAUCACAGCAGUUUUGUUUAUUUGGUGGAAAGCUUGUCUCUAUUUUGUGAAUCACAACAUUACUCUUUUUUUUUUAUCUAAACCGGUAUAUUUAUUAUUGAAUAUGUGAAAGUAGUUAAUCUAAAUCAAAUAUGUCAAGUUCAUUGUAUCCAUCAAUAUAUCUGGUAUUUUGUAUGAAAAUGUAUGUGUAGCAGGGUUUUUCAUCAUUUAGAAUGUUAAUGGAUGCAUUUUUUUCCCUACUUGUAAAAUUGAAAUAAUAAGUAGACUUUUUGUUCUACUUUUCCCCACCACUUAUUUGUGUAGGUCUCCUGUUCCUCUGUUCACAAAAUUAGUCUACAGCACUUUUACUCUCUUAACAUGGUAGAUUCAAUAUUAGAAGAUUUAGCAUGUUUUCAAUAUGUGUCUCUUAUUUAUGUUACUGGUACUGUUUCAAGCAAAUUGAAGUAGUUCACACUUUCAUCUGUCAAUGUUAGACAUCUCUGGAAUAGCAAAUUUUUUUAUGCAAGUAUAAGACUACAUCAUAGAAAUAAUGUAACCACUGCAGCAGUUGUUGGGUUGGCUGUUUUUUAAUUCAUAAGUAUUUGGCUAGGAUGUACUGAUUUUAAUUUUGUUUCUCAUAUAGAUAUAGUUGUUUUAUAAAAUUAAAUAAUUUGAAUACAGAUCAAAAUGAUGCCUGAAUAUUUAUUUUUUUAACUUGUUUUAUUUUUAGAAUGAUGAAGUGAAACAAAAAUACAGUGUGACUGAAAUGAGUGAAAUGAUAACAGUUGUACGAGUGUUAUAAAUAAAUUAUUGUCACAAUGUUGAAAUUUUUGUUUUUUCCAAACAAAAUAUUUGAAUUUGUUAAGAAUAAAAUUAUAACCAAAAUUU